GUAACAGCUACAGUACUUCCCAGCCCACGUUCAUUUUAACAACUACUAAACCUGAUUCUAGGAUUGAAGUCUUCACUGUUCCGACAAACCCCAUCCUUGUUACUGUCCCAGCCACAUGCAUCUGUGAUACCUUGUCCCGGCAGACAGCUCCCACAGUUCCCCUUGGAAGUAAAUGCAAGUGCAGAUUCUGUAUUUUUAAAGCUCUUGCUAACAGAGGAUGGUGACUUAAGUACUGGAGUUUAGGUAAGGAGAAUUAAAUACUAUUUUCUUUGGAACAAAAGCAAAACCUUUUGAAAGGGUUCACCCAAAAGGGUUGUUCUGUAGGUGUGUGUGAACAGGCUUACGUGCCUGCUUGUUAGAGCAAUGGGCAAUGCCGCUGGAGAUUCAUUCAUCUUAGUGCUCUGAUUCAGGGAAGUGUUUCAUUUUGCAUUAUUCCAGCAGAGCAAGGGACCACAUCUGGAAGGCGUGCCUGUGUCCUUCCUGCUCAAGGUGAUGGUAAAAAUUAUGUUUCACUGAGACACAUUCACUUUUAACAAAAUAACAAAAUAAUAAAUUUAACAAAAUUAGCUGAAAUCUUUUGGUCAGAAAUGCUUUGGCAAGUUCAAAAGCUGGCAGAAUAGUUGGGUUUGCCAUUUCUUUCCCUCUCCUUACAGUUUCCAAGCUCUUACCUCUCUUUCUUGGUUCACCUCAAAGCUGAGAGCUGCGGCUGCAGCAGGUUGUAUGCUGAAUGCUCCGGCAGCAGUGAAAGGCACAGUGAGCACUUGGUGAGGUGGAUCAGAUGACCAAAGCACAUACCUUGAGCAAACACCGGAGCAGGAUGUGAUCAACAGGCUUUAUAAGGAGCCUGCAAUUCAUCUGGCCAUGUGAAUUUUGGAAAUCUGAAAAUGCUUCAGGGGGAAGGAAGAGCUCCAGAUGCUUCUGAGGGACUUUGCUGGCAGAACCAGGGUGGUGGUGAAGACCUUAGUGGAAACUUCACUGCUCAGCCGUGCUGAGGACGCCUUAUUUUACACACAGGCCAUGCGUGUCACCUCUCUGCAGCCUGGGAACACCCUCAGACAGUUUUCAGUCACUUGCACCAACAGGGUGAGUUAAGGCCACUUCCUAUAACACAUUAACUCCUGUGACUAUUGGUUUUAUCCUUCACCGUUCAUGAUCAGCAUUUAAGGAGAUGAUGAUAUGCUCAGUUGCUUUAUUUUCACUAGUUUCAACAGUCCUGGUUUGAAAAAGAGAACUAUAAUUAAGUAUCAAGUUAUGGCUUCUUCAAAUUUAGUUACCAAUAAUAUGUAAUUUAGUAGCACAAUAGCUUUGACUGAUGCUUGAGUGGCUAGAUGGGGAGCUUGCUAAUUACACAUGAAAAGCUCUCUUUGGCAUUCAGUUUAUUUACUUUAAUUUGACCUCAUUACUUCUUUUCCAUAAUUACCCAAUAAUUGUAAUGCCACGUUAACAGCAUUGUUAUUUUUAAUUUCUGUAGUCUUUUUGUCCCUAAUGCCGUUGUAAAUUGCUUCAUACAGAAACUAACUUUAUUACAUGUUUUUCCAGCACAGUAAUGGUAUGAGACAUGCCUUCCAGCCUACAAACCAACCAGGCUGUCAACGGGUAACAUUUGUGUAAUGUAUUUGUAUAAUGGAGGAAAAUCAAAGAUUUAUUAAUGCAUUUUAACAAUUUUCUUUCAUGUAACAGUGAUAAAAUCCAAAGUACAGAGCGCUUCAGCUUAAUAUUGGAAUAAAUAGGAAGAUUCCAGUUUAAACCUCUGUUUUAAUUAUUUAACAGCUCUCAAAACUAAAUCACUGACCUUUGAGAAUUUAGUGACCAAACAAGUGCUUGUCCUCAAAGCACGUAUUUGAAGCGUGAAUUCCUUUACAUGUAGCUUUUAUACCCUGGUUACAGAUGCCCAAGAACACUGCAAGUAUGAAGUGAAUGAGGUAAGACCAAAGAUCCUAUAUAUCUGAUAAUGGUGGUGAUGAUGAUGAUGAUAUUGAUGUUGUCAGCUGAUGGAAAGGAGUGCAUGUGUGGGGACCAACUCUCUAUUCUUUAGGCAAGAAACACUCCCUUAGACAACUGGGAAUGGGGUUUUGUGCCAGUGGACAAGGGCUAUCAGACUUCUCCAUGGGAUGCACCAUAUCCUAACAGCAUCACACAGAGCACUUCUUCCUUUUGCACUUCUCUGGAGUCCUUUGACUAAGGCAGCAAAUGUUUAUAUAGCUCAGAAGUAGCAAACGUUUAAUCUGUUUUCAUCUUUCUUUAGUGCCAAACAGCAGCAGCAGACAAAGCAGGAUUUUGCUGGUGGGUGAUCAAACAUCUCCCUGUAGAUCAUUGGCAAAGGCACCAUACAUCACAUAUCCAAUAACUGUGGCAAAAUGGGGAACUUUUCUGAAGAGAGGAUUAAAAGAUUAAGGAAUGUGUCCCAAAAUCAAGGUCUUCCUCUAUAAAUCAAGUUAAAAAAAUAUUUAGAUCUAAUAUUGCUAACAGGGGGUAAUUAUUGAAAACAUACUAGUCUCUCUACAUGGUAUUUGGAUGCAUUCUUUCCUAAGACUGAGAAAUGGUAGUGAAGAAAUUAAACAGAAGACAUUAUCUUUUCAGUUGAUGAUAGUUACUAUUUCAAUUUAGUAUUCAGAUCUCAGUAUUAAGUUCUUAUUAAUGAAAGAACCAAUUCAAAAGCCGAUUAUGUAAAAUCUAUUCAUUCUAUCACUUUUGCCUGUAUAAGUACUUAACCUAUACAGCCCAAGCUUCUAUGCAAUACGGAUUUAUGAAUAUUAAUUCCAAAAAAAUGAGCAUUAAUUUUGUUGCUAUUUGAUUUUUGUUCCUAAGUCUAAUCUCUUCCCAUUAAUUGCUCUUACACUCACUUAAACCAGUUGUGUCUAGAAUUAAGUAUUAACGUAUAUCAGUGGGCCUAUAUUAAAAGACGUUAUAUAGGAGGGACACUGUAAUGAAAGGAGAAAUAUAAGCUGGACUUUAAGUAAGUUACAUGAAGGGGUAGAACCAGACUAAAGGUUUGUUUUUGCCAAAAACCUCUCUUACUUGAUCCCUCACAUCUUUGCCCUCACUCUGUUCCAGCUCUGACUCCCUCUGAGGUCAUUCAAUUUAUUAACCCAGUAGAUGACUAACUCCAAUUAAAAAAAAAAAAAAAAAAAAAGAGAGAGAGAAAAAAAGAUGAUUGCUCUGUGCUGAAUUAGGGGCUGAAUUGCCCUAAUUCACCUCCUGUGGCACCACAGUCAGCUCCUGGGAGAUGAGAGGCACAACUAUGUAAUCACAAGUAGGUGCAGGGAGAAAUGUGGAUGGAGAAGUGGGCAUUAAGACCUCUGCUUCUUCUUGGUUAUGAACUGUUUGACUGGCCCAGUUAUAUUAUUUUUCCCUUAAGAAGCUGUUAGGUACUGGGUUAUUAAUGGCCAACACUGACUAAGGAUUGGAGAUCAGAAAGAAGGGUUUUCUUACAGACUCUAAAUACAUAACAUCCCAUUUGGCUGGAAGGCUUUGAAAUGGGAAAGAGGAAGAUGGAAGAUGUAGAUGGGCUUCUGCAUGGUUCUGAAAAGCAGAAAGGGGCAUGAAAUAGCUUCAUUUUGGGCACAGUUCUGGCUAGAGGAGUAUACAAAGAGAGUUCUGAACAAGGAGAAUGCCUGUAUGUUAUGUAAGCAAAACAGCAGCUCAGAGAAACAGGACAUUGUAUGAAUCCUUGUGUAUGAACAUGGGAUCACUAGUCCUGCCUGAAUCACCCCCCACCAAGAACUGAAAUUUCGACUAUUGAUUUAGGCUCAGGACAGCAACAUUAUUAUUAGCAUGAUUCCCUGUAGACUUGCCAGGUGUUUCACAGGUUUGGUUGGAGUAAGACAGGUCACUGGAAGUUCUUCAGCAUAUAGCUGCUGCAUCUGUAUAUUCUUUGCUGGGGGGUGAAGAAAAAAAAGAUCACUUUUGCCCAAGUUGCCUUUUAAUGUGGGUUAAGUUCAGGCAAAUCUAUGAAAUAUGGGCUUUGUCAAUGCACUUGUGGUUUAAAUAGAACAGUGUGAAACUCUAUGGGAUGCACUGAGCUGUUGUUUUCUUGUUUGCUGGAUAGAUCCUGAGGAUAUCAAGGGCAGCUCUAAACCUCCCCAGAGCUUUUGUGACUUUCACCUGCUCACCAUCUACCUGCAUCAAAAUUCCCCUUUGCAGAGUCACUUAUUUCCACCAGUCAUACUGCAUAAGAAAAUAUGAAUCAGAACCUGAUGCUCCAAAUCACAGGGAAUUAAGGAGUAUUUUAAAUUGUGUAAAGCUGAGUUAAUGUUUCAAAUAUAUAAUGACACUGUGUCUGGUAUUCCCAUUAAAUUAUUACUUGAAAUAGCACUCUGUAGUCUCCAGGACUGUACUUGAUGCUAUAGAGAGACCUAUAAAUAAAACAAAACAAAACAAUAGACAUGGUGAAAACCCAUUUCCUUUUUUUUUUGUCCCUCCACCACCCUCCAUCCCCUUCUAAGGUAGACUUAGAUAGAUGUACUUUUGCUUUCUUAAAUCUUUCAGCCGAAAUCAUAUAACCUAUGUAAAGAAUGAAAAGCUGGAUUAUACUGCUGGCUAUUGUGGUCAGCACGACAGAAACACAAAACCAGGACGUCUGUACCCAAGGGUAUCCUGGCAUCCCCGGCAAUCCUGGGCACAAUGGCAUACCUGGUCGUGAUGGACGUGAUGGUCCAAAAGGCAACAAGGGAGAUACAGGUGAAGCAGGACUUCCUGGCAGUCCAGGAAAAGAUGGUGCAAAUGGAGAAAAAGGCGAACGAGGAGCCAAUGGGACUGUUGAAGAGAAGGGGAACAAAGGAGAUAAAGGAGAAAGAGGACGACCUGGGAAACUGGGACCAAAAGGAAUUAUAGGGUCAGUGGGUUAUAAAGGUCAGAAGGGAGAGCUGGGACUGCAAGGACAAAAGGGGUUAAAAGGAGACAUUGGGCCCAUUGGUCCAAAAGGGACAAAGGGUGAAAUCGGCCAUCCUGGAAAAGUUGGUUUCCCAGGGCCAAUUGGCCCAACUGGUAAUCCAGGUCCUAAAGGUAAUACUGGAGAUCUGGGGCCACAGGGUAAUCCAGGAGUUCAGGGGGAAAGAGGCUUGAAAGGAGACAGAGGAGAUAAGGGGAACGUGGGUGCCCCAGGAGUCCUGCCAAGGAGUGCUUUCAGUGUUGGCCUUACGAUUGCCACCAAAUUUCCCCCUCCGAAUCGCCCAAUCAAGUUUGACAAGGUGCUGUAUAAUAGUCUAAACGACUACAACCUAGUUACUGGUAAAUUCAUCUGCAAAUACCCCGGUGUUUACUAUUUCACCUACCACAUCACUGUCUACUCAAGGAAUGUGCGAGUAGCUCUAGUUAAAAAUGGCAUCAAGAUGUUGCACACAAUGGACAGGUACCAGGGUGGAGAGGACCAGGCCUCAGGAGCCACCAUCCUUGAGCUACAGCGGGGAGAUGAGGUGUGGCUGCAGGCUCACCAAGGAGAGACUUUCAACGGGCUGUUUGCAGAUGCUGAUGAUGAUACCACCUUCUCUGGGUUCCUCCUAUUCAGCACCUCCGACCCACUAGAGCUGCUGCCAUCACCUGCCCUGUAACUCCACAUUAUUGUGAAUGGUGUACACCUGUGUCCUUCAGCCCUCCCUAAUAAAGUUGUUAUCUGCUGGCUAAUUUCUCCUGGAUUCAACAGAAAACAGUGAGCAUCCAGGGAGGUAUGUCGAGGGCUGAAAGGGACCUGUAGGACUGCAGGGCAGGGUAGGACCAGCUAGGCAUCUCCCUAAAACCUGAGUACUUUUUUUUUUCACUGAAGGAAGUGUUUUUCACAGCAGGAAGGUGUAGGAUCACGCUACUUGUAUCUGUAGGAAACCAGGCCUUGUUCUGCACACAGUGGCUCGUUGCACAACUUGGUGUGCUGAAGUUCUCAUAACCAGCUGCUGAAACAGAGCUCGGGGCUUCAGACUCAUAUGCAGAAGAGUUUGAAAUAAAUGCCUUCUUGUCCCAGUCACAAGGUGCUGGGUGUUUACUUAUUAAACUCACAUAAUCUGC